AUGACUUGUGGCGUUGCAGGGUCUGCAGUCAGAGCUGAUGAGGUUACAGGAACACUCACACCAAGUUCUUCUGAGAGCGAGCUGCAGGACAUGCAGCAGCAGCAUCACCAAGGUCUGGAUGACUUAAGUCUCCCGUCGCUGCACUCAAACAGCGACGACAUUCAGAGCAUCAUUCACAGGAUCAAGAGUGCAGAAAUCGCUCACCUGCUGCAUAGUAAAUAUCCUGAGAGGGAGUCUGCUCCUGUAGAAGUGCAGGAGAAACCUUUUCCGAGCCGCCAGCAGCAACAGGCAAGCAUCAAGCAGCAGCUUGUCAAUGUGUAUACGGGGACUCAGACGCAGACCCAGGAGGGCAAGAAGGUGACGGUGGUCAACUGGUGGAAAGCGCUCAGCUCGGAAGGAGCGAAGGCCCGGACGAGAGAAACCAAGUCCAACCAGGAGCUGACUGAUACCCAAGCAAAGCUCCAGCUAGCCGAGCAGACCGUCACUGAUAUGAGGGAGCAGGUCUGCCACCUGCAAGCCUCUCUGAAAUCUGCACAGGAGAGCGCCAAGCAACAGCACGCCACUCGAGUUCUCCAUCUUGACAAAGAAACCAACACCGAGACUGAACGAGUCGACAAAACCGUCGGGACGGUGGUGAAGGAGUUCAGGGAUGCGGCGGCGGCCACAGAUCCAGUGGAGAUCUCAGCGCAGAAACAAACCCAGCUCCAGGAGACCGCGGACGGUCUCCUGGCGACCCUGAAGAGGAUGGAGGCGAUGGUCAGUAAUGCCCUGGAGACCGCCGAGCUGCUGAGAGAGAGCGAGCAGAGGGUGAGCCAUGCGAGAGCGAGGAUGGACAGCAUCACUCAGAAGGUGGAGGAGGCGCUGGGCCGAGCGGCCAACACCGAGGAGCAGCUGAACCGUCUGGAGACCAAAACCUCAUCUAGCACUUCCGCUCAGAAGUCUCCAGGUGUCAGUCUUCCCGAUGAUCCUCGACCAGAUGUUGGAGGUUUAACGGCGGAGCCGGUGGAGGAGGCAGACCUUAUGGAGCAGCCUCCUUCAUCUCCUCUCGAGAACGAGGAGAAACUGCAGGGAUCGCCUCCUGAACAGAGUGAGCGUCCCUCUGUUAAGACCUGUGGCGCCCCGGCUUCUUCUGAGAGGCCUUUCAUUUUCCCCCACACCCGCUCCCGGCCGCCUCUGCUGCCCACCAUGCCCACGCUGCCCGAGGAAGAGGAGGACUCUCCCGAGGAGCUCGACAGCUCCUCCAGCUCGCCCAGCACAUCCACACCUGGUGAAAGUCGAGCUGUUGUCAUGACAGCACCCACCAUCGUCUACCCACAGCAGGCUGCGAUCGUCCAGCACGAUGGACGCCCGCUGGAACAGACCAGGCCACACAGUCCUAGAGCUCGCCUGGCCAGAAAGUCAUCCGGAGGACCCAUCACCACAGUGGACAGCACAGGAAAGGUGAUCGACCUGGUGAAAGAUCAGCUGCCAGAGCUGCAGCUCUCCGAAGAGGAUCGCCAGAAGAACCUGGAGCUGCUCGAACAGGCCAAGAUGGUCAGCGACCGCUUCCUGACGCGCCGCGGCCGUCGAUCCACCAGCAGCCUCAGCGACUCACCCACAGGACUUUCUCCAACCUCAACACCAUCGUCCUCCCCAGCUCCAUCGAGAAACAGCUCCUUAUCGACAGCUCCUCAUUCACAAGGAAGCUCCUCUCCUGUUGGUCAGCAUCUGGAGGUUCCUGCAGUGAGAGAGAAGCUGGAUGUGAAGAGCAAAGAUCAAGAGCAGGGGGCCCGACUGCUGGUGGACUGGAAGCCUGCUGACAAAAGGAAAGUGUCGUCUGCACUGACGCCCCGUUUCGCCCUUCAGAAGGACAGCAGUGAGCCGGGCGCAUCUAGUCCUCAAGCAGUCGCUAAAGCAGACGAGGGAUCAGGCCGAAACCCAAACCAGGCCCCGGCCACGGGGGUGGCUAAACGUCCUCGGCCCCCCACUCAGCAGGUCCCCUGCACGGCAGAAAUCAAGACGAUCGGAGCUUUCCCUCCGCUGAUGAGAGCCGUUUCCUGGGAUACUGUAGGCAGCCUUAACUCAAGAAAUGGGGCCCCGAGUUUCCCGACAACCUCCGAGGACACUUUCUCAGACAAAACAGGGAUAAUGUCUUCAACAUCCUCAGGGUACAAGGACCUUCCCCUCCAGCCAGGAGGCGUUAGAAAACUUUCUAAACUCAGAGAGGAACACAAGCUGCUGCGCACCCAUAGUAUCGUGGGAUCUAAGUUACCAGACUUGAAUGAAGCUUCUGAACAGGAAAAAGGUUCUGCAUCUUCUACGAACUCAGCCAGCAGCGAGGAGGCAAAGGAGAAGUCUGACGCCAUGCCAAACAUUUCAGACGUGAUGCUGAGAAAGCUCAAACUUCAUCGGGGUCUACCAGGCUGCGCGCCGCCCCUCACUGAAAAAGAAGUUGAGAAUGCAUUUGUUCAGCUGUCACUGGCAUUUCGAAAUGACAACUACACUCUGGAGACGAGGCUAAAGCAGGCGGAACGGGAGAGGAACCUGACUGAGGAAGACACCGAGAAAGAGCUGGAGGAGUUCAAAGGAGCGCUGAAGAUGACUUCACCACAGUGGCAGAACUUGGAGCAGCGGGAAGCGUACCAGCGGCUCAUAGAGACGGUGUCGGUCCUGCACAGACUGGCCACCCGACUCUCCAGCAGAGCAGAGAUAGUCGGAGCAGUACGGCAGGAGAAACGUAUGAACAAAGCCACUGAGGUCAUGAUGCAGUAUGUGGAAAACCUGAAGAGGACGUACGAGAAGGACCACGCAGAGUUGAUGGAGUUUAAGAAGCUUGCUAAUCAGAACUCAAAUCGCUGUUAUGGAGGAUCCGUAGACACUGGAGAUGAUGGAGUUCCACGGCCAUCAAGAUCAAUGUCUCUCACACCGGAAAGGCUUUGCCGCGGCGCAGGUGGAAAGAGUUUGCUGGAGCAGGAAAGCGAGCCGGCCAAGCCGUCAGUAAACCUGGAGGAGAUCAGAGCCGAGAUCAGAGCUGAGCUCAAGUCAAAGAUUGAGGAGGAGGCAUACAAUAAAGGUUACCAAGAAGGACUUAAACAAAGCAAAGCACAGGAGGAGAAGCAGGAGGAGGAGAUCACUGCAGAGAAACUGCUGGAAAACAAAAACAAGGAUGAAGAGAGUGGAAAAAGGCUAAAGAGCAGCAGGAGGAUGGAGGAAGUCCUGGUUCUCAUUGGUCGGUAUUGCCCAAGAUCCCCAUGAGUCGGCGGCUUCUCUUGAUCAGUCUGAUAUGUCGUGGCCAUGUGCGUGGUCAUCAGCAUUUUCACACUAUCAUGUGACUACUACAAACGGCUGUGAGGAACAUAAGAAGACAGGGACUGCCCUGCAGCACAUGGCGGAAGUCUUCGGAAACUGAAUGUUGCAGCACAAUCACAAAAAAAAGAAAAAAAUCCCACAGAGAUCACAGACAUCACAUAUCUGUGGAUUUUUCCAUAUCAUCACUCUCAAACUCACUUGAAUCGAAUGACCCUGACGUCAAGGGUCAAAGACAUUUUUGGGAGGCUUCAUGAUUAUGUUUCAGGAUCAACAAAAUAAAGUUUUCAUUUUGUUUGGAGAAACAUAAUGACGGCUUGUGUGCUGUAGCAGAAAUAAACUGAGUAGGGACCCCAAUUAUUAAGUUUGAUAUUUAUAUGUAUGAAUAUGUUUAAUUAAAUUAGAUGAAUUUGUAACAAUUAUUUCUGGUUGUGGUACUUUAGAUAGGGAUCAUCAUGUUACUGUUCAAUAAAUGUCACAGCAGAGAAAUGUGUAUAUUUAUCUACACUCCAAUGUUAAGGUGUGAUCUCUCAGGUACAGUUGCUAAUAACCCCCCCUGAGAGGUUUCAGAUUCAUAUUUAAAUAUUGUUUUCGUUUGUUGUUUGAUUUCAUACCGGAUAUUUAAAAUCUAAAAUAUAAACACAUUCCAAAGUAGUUCCUUAAGUGCAAUAUUUUGCAGUUGAUAGUUCUGUGUGUUGGAUUGUGUCUUCAGAGCACUGAAGAGGUUCCUCCUCUAUGAAAGCACUGUUUCGACGGCACAAUGUCUCCUCUGUCUUCUACAAUGUCUCCUCCAUCUUCUUUGCACAUCAGUGCCUGCCUGUGUACUUUGAUCAUUUUGAAAUUUACACUCUGCCACUUCACCUUUAAAUAAAAGGUGCCUG